AUGGCGACUCAAAGAACUUCUGUCGCUCAAACGGUUGGCUGGCUAUAUCAUGAGUCUGGCAUUUCAGCCGUGUAUACCACUGGUAAAGAUGCAUGGCUUAUCAUCCUCUCACGAACAUGUCGUAUGUUCGCCUUCAAAGCCGUUACACUUACGAUAGCCCAAUUUUUCUCCGAAUUGGGUUUCUCCGAUUUUCGCAUUGGGUUGUUUAUGAGCUUGACACUCCUGGGUGAUGUCUUUCUUGGUUUGAUUGUCACUCUCAUGGCCGAUGGACUCGGCCGACGAAGAGUCCUUAUUGCAGGUGGAAUCUUGAUGGCCUGUUCGGGCUUGAUCUUUUCUUUCUUUGAGAACUUUUGGGUCCUUCUGCUAGCUGCUAUUGUCGGUGUCAUCAGUGCCAGCGGUAGUGACUUUGGCCCUUUCCGAGCUAUCGAAGAGUCCAUGCUGUCUCACAUCACAAACCCAAAGACUCGAGCAGAUGUUUUGGCUUGGUACAUUACUAGUUCCAGUCUCGGAGCGGCGUCGGGGACAGCAUUGGCAGGGCGAUUUGUCGAGAAGCUCGCAAACCGGGAGGGAUGGGAUCUCGUAGCAGCAUACCAUGCGACCUUUUGGGUUUAUGUAUUGAUGGGUGGGUUGAACGUCGUGUUCGCAUUGCUCGUUAGCAGCAAUACCGAAGCUGCCCAUCAUGAAGAUGCUUCAGAAGCGUCAGAUGAGCUAGCUGAAGGACUUCUUCGGGAUUCAUCUGAUGAGGACGAAGACGGAAGCAGGCGAACAUCUAUCGCCUCAAACACCCCGAAACCCACCAGUCGAUUUUCAGGCGUUUCCUCUGGUACCAGAUCCGUCAUGUAUCGUUUGUGGUUCUUGCUUACUGUUGAUUCCCUGGCCGACGGCAUGGUAUCAGAGUCUCUGACCACAUACUUCAUGGAUUCCAAGUUUUCGCUGUCCAAGGCUAGACUUGGAGACAUUUUUUCAACCGCACAGGUCUUGGCCACGGUUUCGACAGUCUUUGCGGGCCCCCUAGCUCGUCAUCUUGGUCUCGUCAACACCAUGGUCUUCACCCACCUACCAUCCUCGAUCUCCGUGCUGUUCUUCCCCUUCCCGAGCGGAAUUGUCAUCACGGUUAUACUCCUCUUCAUCCGCAUGGGUCUAAACAACAUGGACCAAGCACCGCGAGCAGCUUUCAUUGCUGCUGUGGUUAAGCCUGAAGAGCGAACUGCCGUGAUGGGCAUUACAUCGACACUCAGAACGUUGGCCAUGGCUACUGGUCCAUCGCUUACUGGAGGGCUUGCUGAGAGCGGGAAAUUCUGGAUUGCCUUUGUUGUGGGUGGUAUAUUGCGAAUCAUGUAUGACUUGGGGCUGUGGUUCAUGUUCAUUAAUAUGAAACUGCAUACACACGAAGUUCAGCAAGAUGAACCUGCGUCGAGAGGACAGUCGAUUGGCGAAGAAGAUGUAGAGAUGUUGCGGGGGUCUGGUGAGAGAAGACGAUCUGAGGAUGAUUGA